AUGGGUUACUAUUACUGUAAACCAAGGCCUUGUGAUGCUCGUACUCCCAAUGUUGUUCUGAUCUUGGUCCUGGCUUUGAUUCUUCUGUGUGCACCAAAGCUCUUCUCACGUGAAGAGGAAGAAGAAACCAAUUCCACCUCACCUUUUGUCGCAUUAAUACUCCUAGUACUCAUUCUGCUUGUGUUGUCCUUGUUGGGAACUUCAAGGAGAAAGGUUUCUGUGAAGCCACCAUAUUGUCAGUGUAUACAACAAUUGUUGUUACUAAUACCAUCCAAUUCAAUGGCUUAUGGUAGAAGCAGAACGUCCUCUGCGUUGGAUGGCUUCACUCUGAAUCCCCUGCCAUACCCCGUUCUAUUAGUCUUAGCACUGAUAUUCCUCUUCUUUGCCAUAUCAUGGUACUUUACCUAUGAAGAAGUUGUUGAAACUGCUGAAAAACAAUUUGGUUGGGUACUAUUUGCCACACCAGUGGUGCUAAUACUCAUAGUUCGUUGGUUAUCAUCUAUGGAAAAUUCAAAUUGGUUCUCUGCUUCGUUACCGUGGGAGAGUCGCAUGAGAACCCACCAAGGCCCUUCGGAAGGAAGCUCUCCGUGGGGUGUGGCUGCUUUGAUCCUGGUGUUGCUGAUAAUGGUUCAAUACCAAUCCAACUUUCUCGAUAGCUGGUUUGUUUGA